AUGACUGAAAAAGCGGGUGGAGCUCAACGUUCCCAAAAUCAAAUGGAUGGCUUUCGUAGAAUUGUAAAUCACUGUGGCUUUAAGGACCUAGGAUACUGUGGCCCAGAUUAUACUUGGUGUAACAUGAAGGAAGGGAGUAACAGGAUUUCGCUUCGCCUUGACAGAGCUUUUGCUACUAAUGAAUGGCUCGGACAUUUCAAGGACCACUGCAUUCUUGCCAUCACAGACUCUCCUCCUCCAUCCCGUAGAGGUAAACGUCGUUUCCAUUUCGAAGUUAUGUGGGUCAAAAGGGAGGAUUGUCAUGAUGUGAUUGAGGCUGCAUGGCACUCCGGUACUCUCUUUGUCACUCCUGAAGGGGUUGCUUCAAAUCUCCAAAAAUGUGCAAGUGCGUUGGCAAGCUGGAAUCAGAAUGUAGUAGGCAAUAUUCCAAAGAAAAUAGCCGAGAAAAGAAAAGCUCUUAACUCCAUUACAACUGUUGAUCAGCAAGGCAGCAGAGGGCCUGAAAUUAAUUAG